UGUGCCAGUGUCGUUGAUAGUGGUGGUGGGAAAGACGGGAGAAGUAUAAAGGUUCCCUUCGAAGCGUAAUAGAACAUAUUCCAAGAUUAUUCCCGAACGGACGGACUGCGUACCGGUUUUUAGUUCUAAUAGGAAAAGAAGACAAAAUUGAAAAAGAAAAAUUACAAGAUGCCUACUUGUACCUGUGAAAGAAAUUUGAAAGACGGAGAAGAGAAUGAUCACAAGUGUCAGUUAAAUUCAUCCGUGGAUAAACAAAGUAACGAUAAUGACGAAUUUGAUUAUCCAAACAACAGUGCUGUUAGAUACAGAGAUGGUUCCGUUAGGCUGAGGAAUCCAAAUAUCGAACUAAUGGAUCAAGAUAUAUUGUAUCAUUUAGCACUUGGCAGUGGCUCUCAUGAUCUCGUUGAAAUGUUUGGCGAUGUUAAGUUCGUUUGCAUGGGUGGCACGCCGAAACGUAUGGAGCAGUUUGCGAAUUACAUUAUGAAGGAAAUAGGUCACAAGAUUCCAGCUGGAACAACCCUUCUCGACAUCAGCCAGUAUUCCUAUCGUUAUUGCAUGUACAAAGUUGGACCGGUGCUUUCAAUCAGCCAUGGAAUGGGUAUUCCUUCUGUAGGAAUUCUUCUUCACGAAAUUAUCAAGCUGAUGUAUCAUGCAAAGGUCAAGGAUCCAAUCUUCUUCAGGAUCGGUACUUGUGGUGGUGUUGGACUCGAAGGUGGCACUGUUGUUAUUACUGACGAAGCUGUAGAUGGAAUGUUGAAUUCUUAUUUAGAACUGCCUGUCUUAGGAAAGAUAGUGAAGAGACCAGCAAAAUUUGAUCGACAAUUAAUUCGAGAAUUAAAAGCUUUGGCUCAUCGUGAUGAUCCUUAUGACACAGUGGUCGGUAAGACCAUGUGUACUUACGAUUUCUACGAAGGUCAGGCUAGAUUAGACGGAGCUUUCUGUGAAUUCACGGAGAACGAAAAGAUGGAUUAUUUAACGAAGAUACACAAAGCUGGUGUUAUUAAUAUAGAGAUGGAAAGUCUCUCGUUCGGAGCACUUGCACAUCACGCUGGCAUUCAAUCAGUUGUAGUUAGCGUGACUUUGUUGGAUCGACUCAAAGGAGAUCAGGUAUUGGCACCUAAAGAAGUUCUAAACGAAUGGCAGAUGCGACCUCAAAUAUUGGUCGCUCGAUACAUCACAAGAUAUCUUCAACGCAAAGGAAGACUUUCUUUAGAGGGUCAUGGUUCUAUGUGCGUGAAAAGUCCUCGUCGAUAUAAAUUAGUACAACAAGAAUCUGAGACUUAUGAUUAAAGAGAUGUUUUGUAGAUCGAACAGAGCUAUGCAAGGGAUAUGAGAAAGAGAGAAAAAAGAAAGAGAAAGAGAGAGAAAAAGAGAGAGAGAGAGUGAGAAAGAAGGAGAGAGACAGGGAGAGAAAGGAAAAGGCGAAAACUCAUCGAGGAGAGAAUAUAUACAUACGUGUGUAAUAUCAGUUUGCAAAGAAGCUAAACGUGUAUAAGAUGAUAAAAGUACAGUCCAGAGAAGCGCACAGUUUUAGGAAGAUAAACACACUAUUUUAUUAAAAC